AUGGACCUCCAUCGCUGCCGCUUCGUCCCCUACCCGCCCUCCGCCAUCAACGCCCUCGCCUUCUCUCACCCGUCCACCCGCUCAAAGGCCCAAGCGACCGCCUCCCGCCUCGCAGUCGGUCGCGCAAAUGGCGACAUUGAGAUCUGGAACCCGCUAAGCGGCUCCUGGCUCCAGGAGACCGUCCUCCGCUCCGGCUCAGACCGCUCCGUCGACGGCCUUGUCUGGGCUAACGAUCCCGACGCCAACUCGACCUCGCGUCUCUUCAGCAUCGGAUAUACCUCCGCCGUCACAGAAUGGGACCUCGAGACCGGCCGUCCCAUGCGCCACGCCAGCGGCCAGCACGGCGACAUUUGGUGCCUCGCUGCCCAGCCUCCCGCCUCCCCGUCCGAUCCCGUCAAGCGCCUCGUCGCUGGUACCAUUGACGGCAUGCUCGCCAUAUACUCCAUCGAAGACAAUGACCUGCGCUUCCAGCGUAUGCUUGUAAAGUCUCCCAGCAAGAAGGUUCAGAUGGUCAGCGUCGCCUUCCAGUCGCGCCACAUUGUCGUCGUCGGCUGCUCCAACUCCACCAUCUGCGCCUAUGAUACGCGCAACGGCAACAAGGUGCGGACCAUGACCCUCGGCGCCGACUUGGCUGGAGGCGCCAAGGACAUCAUUGUCUGGAGCGUCAAGGUUCUGCCUUCUGGGGAUAUUGUCUCGGCCGACUCGACCGGCCAGGUCUGCAUCUGGGACGGCAAGACGUACACGCAGAUGCAGCGCAUCCAGAGCCACAAGCAGGAUGUCCUCAGCCUUGCCACCAGUGCUGACGGUAGCGCCAUCAUGAGCGGUGGCAUGGAUCGUCGUACGGUUCUGUACAAGAAGACUUCUGGUGCCUCUGGCGCCCGAUGGGGCAAGGUUUGGAGCAGGAAGUACCACGAGCACGACGUCAAGGCCAUGGCUUCUUUCGAGAGCAACAAGAUGAGCGUUGUUAUUUCAGGAGGCCCUGACGCUUCCCCCGUCGUUCUUCCUUUCAAGGAGCUCGGCCGUGAGAACCACAGAACCCUCUCUAGUCUCCCCCAGUCACCGCCUCUCACCAGUGCUCCGGCAGCAAGAUUGGUCGUGGGUUGGUGGGACAGAGAAAUCCACAUCUGGAAGCUGCAAAAGUCAUUUGACGGCCUCUACGGCGAGGACGGUGCCGAAGCCAACGCAGACGCGAACCUCGAGAACAACCGCAAGCUCCUCAAGACCAUCCUAGUCAAGGGCGAGUCUAACAUCACUUCGGCCGCAAUCACCGCGGACGGUUCAUUCCUUGUGGCCGCCACCGGCACCGACGUCAAGGCCUUCCACCUGCAGCACCAGAACCCCACAAAGCCCUCGGACGUGAAGCUCGCCUCGGUCGCCGUGCCCAAGACCUUCUCAAACGGCGCCAGCAAGAUUAUUCUGUCGCCCAACGGCAGCUACAUCGCCGCCGUGCAAAAGGGAUCCAAGGUCCUCAUCGCCAAGGUCAUCCGUGGCGACGACGACGACAACACCAUCACCAUCCAGAAGCCUCGCGUCGUCCGCCGCCUGGACCGCAAGACCUCCAAGCAGCAACCCCAGGCUGGCCUCGGCAACUAUGAGAGGACCAUCACUCAGCUCGCCUUCUCACCCGACAGCCGCAUGCUCGCAGCCGCGGAUCUGACCGGCUACAUUGAUACCUGGGUCCUCGGAAACCCGCAGGACACCACCUCAGACGAAGACGACGACGAAGCCGCGUCAUCGGACUCUGACAGCGAGGACUCGUCAAUCGAGGACGACACCGCCUCAACCGAGAGCUGGAUUCGUAACCCCCGCGCAGCCCUCAUCCCCAGACUCCCCGCACCGCCCGUGGUGCUCUCCUUCUCAGACGAGACUGUCGCCGCCACAGACGGCGCACCGACGACAGACUACACCCUCGUCGCCGUCACGACGGCAUGGCACAUCCUCGCCUUCCACCCCGUCGCCGGCUCCCUCACCUCGUGGUCCCGCCGCAACCCCAUCUCCAGACUCCCCGCCACCAUCCGCGACACCCGCGACCUGGCAAAGGGUCUUCUCUGGCAAGGCCCCCGCAUCUGGAUCUACGGCGUCUCCUUCCUCUUCAUGCUCGACCUCUCCCAGGACCUCGGUAUCCCCUCGAACUCAACGGACCAGGAUCCCACCAACGCCGCCCUCGUACCGCACGCGGCCGGCACGAAGCGCAAGCGCAGAGGCGGACCCGAGAGCGGCGCCGGCGCCCGGAUGGACGUGGGCGCGAUUGUCCCGCAGCAGGUCGACCGCUUCGUCGGCUCCAAGGCCGGCGGAAAGGAAUGGCAGGACGACAUUGAGAAGAACGCCCCCUCCAAGGACGAGGACGCCAUGGACGUUGACGGUGCCGAAUCCAGCGGCGACGACGACGAUGAUGAUAACGAGCGGGAGAAUGCUAGCGAUAGCGAGGGCGGCGAGCUCGCGGCCCUGCGGAACCGGAACCGCGAGACGCAGACGGAGGCGGGCGCCGAGGGGAAGACGAGAUGGUGGUAUACGUACAAGUACCGUCCCAUCUUGGGCAUAGCGCCCCUUGCUGGUGCUGGUACUACGGGAGCCGCAGCCGACGGGGAGAAGACUGAGACUCCUUCGCUCGAGGCUGUUCUUGUUGAGAGGCCUAUUUGGGAGGUGGAUCUUCCUGCGAGAUACUUUGGUGCCAACGAAUGGGAGAGGUGA